AUGCGUUUCGCUACCGUCAUCCUCAGCAGCGCUCUCGCCCUCGUCGCCUCGGCCCAGAGCGACACCUCGGCCACCCAGCCCGCCACGCCCACGCGCACCCUCUCCCCUGCGGAAUCGUCCGCCGCCGCCUGCCUCAGCGCCUGCAAGCCCGGCGAUGUCGACUGCCAGUCUCACUGCAUCACGGUCCCUAGCCCCGACAAGGACGCCGUCGACCGCACCACCAAGUGCGCCGCCGCCUGCGUCCAGGGCGACGGCUCCAAGGCCCAGACGGAGGCCUACGCCGCGUGCCAGCAGAAGUGCAUCCGCGACAACUUCUACGAGUCGUCGGCCGGCACCCCCAAGCCCACUGGCGGCUCCGGCGGCUCUGACAACAACUCUGGCUCGUCGACCGGCUCUGAUGCCUCCCAGACCUCGGGCGGCAGCGGCAGCGACUCGGCCAGUGGCACCGGCGCCACGGCCACCAAGAGCGGCGCGACUGGAACCGGCACCGCUGGCGGCAGCUCCUCUACGUCUACUGGUCUCGCGCCCAUGCUGACUGCUGCCCCCGCCGCUGUCGUUGGUCUCGUCGCCGCUGUCCUCGCCCUGUAA